UUAUUAUUGAUGACAUUCGUUCUAUUCUUAAAAAUCAUAGUUAAUGUAAGAUUUUAUUUUGUAAAGAGUCUGCGAAUCAUGUUGAUCAUGCAUUAGCUAAGGCAUGUGUUUCUUCCUCCGAAUGUUGCUAUGUUUUUUAGCAAGAUCCGGAUUUGAUUGUAAACUUACUUCACAGUGAUUUGCUAGAAUAACAAAAGGACAUUUAUAGGGACCACCGAAGGGUAUGGGGGACUGGAGAUCGGGGAGGAUGACCGCCGAAGGGUAUGAGGAAUACGGUGAAAGCAGCCGUUCAUGUCGUCAAUCUCUUCCUAGAUGGGUUAAGUAUGGAAGAAGAUGGAACUUUGGUGGCCAGCGGCGGACCGGAGAUCAAUUGUUUGUGUGGGAAUCAGCGGACAAAUUAGGGAUUGAGCGACCAGAUGCAAGGCUAACUCGAUAUCGACCGACUUACUCAGAUUCAUCGCUGCGACGCAAAUCAUAAUGGGCACCAACAUCAUGGGAAGGGAAGAGAGGUGCAGCGCCAUUAACUACCAAUUGGGUGGCAGAAUCUCAAUGACCAUUUCCAGGGUGGCGAUGGCAACGCUCAUGUGCUGUUACAACAGUAGAUCGUGAGUUUUCUUUCCGUUGGUGCAGCUCUAGACAGCACACAGGGAAUUCUCGAUCAGGUAGAGUAUUAAACUCUAAACCAGACCUGAUAUUCAGUUUUAAUUUGGCAAAACCGUGGUCUGACCAUCAUCCCAGGAACAUUUCAAAGCCUCAACACAGCAAGGCUCGGCAAGAGGGAGAUCGGGUUUGCACAACAGAGUAGACAGAGGGGUUAUUGGCAGAGCAUGGUACGAAUAAAUUCAAUUCGAAUUCCUCUGCAUUUCUGGCAAUUUACAUUGACACCAAAGCUUUCCAUUUUGAAUUGGCACCUUCCUAUAUGAGUAUCGCUCAAAUUAAGGACAAUCAUUGUCGAUCUAUUUCAUUAGAUGAUGAAGUAAUUAUUUGGCUGUGUAAUUCAUUCAUUCAGAUUCAAUCUGAAGCUUCAUGGGCUUUCACGAGGUAUGAAAACUCCCGUAAAAUUCAUCUCACUUUUUGAAGAAAAUCGGUUUAGAGGUUUCAUGCGUUUGGUUGAUAUGGACAAUGAGGGGAGAACAACUUUAAUUAUUCCUGAAGGGUGGAAGGGUGAUGGAUUUAGACGGUUUUCCGAAACAUUGUUUGACCAACAAGAUAAGAUGAGGGCACUUAAAAAGAGACAAGUGAAGUUACCUCUUGAGGAUUUAGGGAUAUCUAAUUCGAUGGAAUAUCGUUUUGAUUCAAUUGAUUCUUCUUUAGAGAGCUAUAUUUCAUCCCUUCUUUUUAAUGAGGAUUUGAAGCAUCUUAUGGGAUCUAUAGGGGUCAUAGGGAAAGGUGUGGGAGAGACAACUGAUGAGGCGAUUGUGGAAUCAGUUGAUAAAAGCGAGCAGAAUAUUCGCAAUGAGGGGGCGGUCAUAGAUUAUAUUCCUCUAGAAUCAGAAAAUCUAAAUGAGGUUGCUCAAGGGAACACAAUUAAAUUAGCCGAGGAGAUCGGCAGUAUUGACAAGGAUGCGAUUGAGGUCAUUGAUUUUAUUUCUCGUCCUGAGACUGAUUACGUUAAUAGAGAUAUUGCCAUUUCGAGUGAGAACUAUUAUGAUGGUAUGGCUAGAGAAGCAGGGGAGGAUGAGAGUAAUGUGGAGGAAGUCAUGCUAGUAACACCGAUUCAAGUCUCAUUCCCUUAACAAAGUCAACAAAAAGCAAUCAAGGGGAGUUCUCAAUUGGAUUUUGAUGCGGUCUCAAAUGAAGGGUCUUCAGGAUAUGACUCAGAUCAAGUGUGGCUUGCUCGAUUAAGUGAUCCUAAUUAUAAAACGGCCACUCAACUUAAGUUUAGACGAAGCGUUCAACUUAAAGCUAAAAAGGGUAUUAAGAGUUAGUUUUACUUGGGAAUAUUGCGUUCGCAUCUUCAUAGGGAAGAUUUCUCAUGAUUUUUGGGAAGGGUGGUCUUGGCUUAUUUAGUUGGUAUUGAUAAAGACCUUAGCUAUUGGUUUCUAUCUUCAUCAAGAGGAGGGCUUCUUUUUUGGGUGUAGAUCAUUAGCGUGUUAUUUCAAUGACUUUAUGUUAUUUCUCUAACUUUCUGCCUUCAUAGCGGUUGUAAUUUUUUCUAUAUUCUGAUAAAACUUUUAUUUUCGCUAAAAAAACUAGAAUAACAAAAGUUCUUGUUCACUACAAAAAA